GACUCCAUCGCCUGUCGACUCUCAGUCAAGAGUCAGAAGACGGUUGUAAUGGAGUCUCAAUUACCGCAAGAAUAUAUCGAAAGUAUGCAUAAAAUGGAGGCACAAAUGGCUCAAAGACCUUAUACGCCAAGAGAUGAGACCCAACAACCAGUUGCGCCCAAAUUCAUGACAAAAAUUAAAAAUUUAGACAAAUUAGAGGGCGAUUCCGCACAUUUCGAGUGUAGAUUAGAGCCCAUCAAUGACUCUACUAUGAGAGUCGAGUGGUAUUUAAAUGACCAGCCGUUAAGCACUGGCUCACGAAUUCAUACAAUUAACGACUUUGGAUAUGUUGUACUGGAAAUUGAUUGGCUUUUCCCACGCGAUUCCGGUGUUUAUAAAUGUGUGGCCACUAAUGCCUGGGGUUCGGACACAACGCAGGCUGUGGUGAACGUGAAGGCCAAAAAGGAUAUCGUAGUCGACAGUCAAUUGCCUCCCGGAGUGUCGUCACAGCUCUGGAAGCGUCAGGAAUACGCUCUCAUUCAGGAGGGCUUAUCCGAAGAUGUGUCGCAACAAAUGCCACGAUUUGUCACAGAAAUGAAAUCAUUGGAUCACUUGACAGAAGGCGAUAACAUUCACUUCGAGUGCCGACUCGAGCCCAUAAGCGAUGGCCAGUUGACCGUUAAGUGGCUCCAUAACGGGCAGCCCUUGCGCUCCGGCCAUCGGCACAAAGCUAUACACGACUUUGGUUUUGUCUCUCUCGACAUACUGUCUGCAUAUCCAGAGGAUUCUGGAGAAUAUAUUUGUCGCGCGAAAUCACCGAAAGGCGAGACUGAGAUCAGGGCUACAGUGAAAGUGAAGGCCAGACCUUCACUGAUAACGACUUCCCAAUUGCCGACAGAGAUGUCAUUAGCGAUCAACCGAAUGAUAGAAACGGAGUCUUCAACACAAUUAAUCGAGACGACCGAAGAGGAGAUUAGAAGAAUGGCACCAAAUUUUGUGUUAAAACCCGAACCGUUGGUUGUGUUAGAGGGAGAGUGCGCUAAAUUUUGUUGUCGGCUAAUCGGGAGCCCAAAGCCCAGAGUGUUGUGGAGUAUUGGCGGCAAUACUGUGGUUCACGGAUCGCGUUAUAAACUCCGUUACGACGGUAUGUAUCACUUGGAGAUUCCCAAAGCGCGUCAAUACGAUAAGGGAAUACUCGAAGUGUACGCCAAGAAUGCGGUCGGAGAGGCCUAUUGUAGCACCACUUUCGACGUCAAGGCCCGCAACGAUGACUACCGACUCGUUCUCAAACAUUCGCCCAAACCGUAUUACGACGACGAUGUGGCCAAAUAUCAAAUCGAGAGACAAAACUCAGAGUUGGAAAAGGUUUUCGAAGAGAGACUGACUCCGGGCGGCACCGAAGAGAUGGUGUGGUAUACGGGACAAGUGGACCAACAGAAUCGCGUCAAAAUCAGAGACACUGUCAAAGACGACACCACUAUUGACUCGGAUGUGACGCUUUGCAUGAAACAGACGCCCGACGUUCAGACCGCCGACCAAAUGGCGGCAAAACCCAAGAGAAUAUUCAUUAAAUCGCAAACAAAGCCCAAAGAGAUUGGAGAAGAAGUUCCGCCAAUUGUUGCGCCGGAAGUGAAAACUGUUGACAAACGUCAGCCAAUUGUGACCGAAGAAAAGGUAAGCGAAAAGAAGCAACAAAUCGUUGAGAGAGAAGCUGUGACUCCGGAGAGUGUUAUUCACGGCAAAGAAGUUGUCGUUCAGACACAGAAACAGACCCUAAAACAGGAGACGGCCGACGAGGAGAUCACUCGACACAUGCGAGAGACUGAAAGCGUAGAUCACGAGCACAAGUCUGUCAUCAAACAGCGCAAAGUGAUUGGAAAAGUGGCCGAAACUAAGGCACCGAUGUUUACGCGAAAGAUAGCCCCGUGUCGUACGUACGAGAAAUGUGAGGCCCGUUUCGAGUGCACGUUCGCCGGUCUUCCCCUUCCGACCAUCACUUGGUUUCGGGAGAACUUUCCCAUUCAGGACUCACACGACUUCAAUAUAAUAACAACUGAAAACACUUCAGUUCUUGUGAUCCGUGAGGUAUACGUCGAGGACUCGGGUAUAUUCAGCGUUAAAGCCGAGAAUAGGGGCGGUUCUGCCAAAUGCUCAGCAAAUUUGAUUGUUGAAGAACAUCGGGAAAUCAAAAGCGGAGAUUUCAUUCCUCCGUGUUUUGUGAAGACAAUCCAAUGCGUGACCACAAAAGUGGGUCAAUUGAUCCGAUUGGACGCCAAGAUUAGCGGCUCUAAACCGAUGGACGUGUAUUGGCUAAAGAAUGGCGAAAGGAUUCAACAAACAAAGAGACAUAAGAUGGUUGAGGACGAAGACCAGUACACACUACUCAUCAUUGAGGCCGAGACCAGUGACGGCGGCUCUUAUGAAUGCGCGGCCAUUAAUAAGGCGGGAGAGGCUCACUGUAUCGCUCAGGUGCUCAUCGAAGAGCAGGUCAUUAUCCGGCAAUUGUCCAAAGAAGAAAUGGUACCCAAACUACUGGAACCGCUGCACGACGUGGUUGUGAAAGAAGGACAGUCCGCUCUUUUCAAAUGUCGAAUAAGCGGAACGUCUUGUAAAUAA